AAAUUCAUUUUUAACCACUUAAACACUUUCUCACAAGUUUCCCUUCGAUCUCAAACUAACACUUUUGUUAUAUACUUGUUAUAUAAAUCUCAAACAAUAACACCAAAACCUUCUCAAAACCAAGAAAUAUGGCUACGUCAGGCAGAGUCUCUCUAGCUUUCACUAUCCUCUUCUUCUUCUUCUUCUUCCUCUUAACUCUCACUUCUUUAGUUGAAUCUGCUGGUCGUGGAGUUACCAAUGAUAAAAAAGGCGGCGGGUUAGGAGCUUCCUUCAUAUUCGGAGACUCUCUAGUCGAUGCCGGAAAUAACAAUUAUCUACCGACGUUGUCGAGGGCCAAUAUGAAGCCUAAUGGUAUUGAUUUCAAAGCUUCCGGAGGAAAUCCUACCGGCCGGUUCACCAAUGGCCGGACCAUCGGUGACAUAGUUGGGGAAGAACUCGGGUCAGCCAACUACGCGAUUCCAUUCUUAGCACCGAAUGCGAGCGGCAAAGCUUUAUUAGCCGGUGUGAAUUAUGCAUCUGGAGGAGGAGGAAUCAUGAAUGGCACAGGGAGAAUCUUUGUGAAUAGGUUAGGUAUGGAUGUACAAGUUGAUUUCUUCAACACUACACGAAAACAAUUCGAUGGUCUACUAGGGAAAGAGAAAGCAAAAGAGUAUAUAAGCAAGAAAUCAAUAUUUUCAAUCACUAUAGGAGCAAACGAUUUCCUCAACAACUAUCUAUUCCCACUCCUCUCCGUUGGUACACGGUUCACUCAAACUCCUGAUAAUUUCAUCGAUGACAUGCUCGAGCAUUUACGCGACCAACUAACUAGGCUAUAUCAAUUGGAUGCAAGAAAGUUUGUGAUCGGGAACGUUGGACCUAUCGGAUGCAUACCGUACCAAAAAACGAUCAAUCAACUAGACGAAAACGAGUGUGUGGAUUUGGCUAAUAAGCUAGCAAAUCAAUACAAUCUUCGAUUAAAGAGUUUAUUAGAUGACCUAAACAAGAAACUUCCCGGUGCAAUGUUUGUCCAUGCCAAUGUCUAUGAUCUUGUAAUGGAACUUAUUACCAACUACAAAAGUUACGGGUUCAAAACCGCGACAAAGGCUUGUUGCGGUAAUGGAGGACAAUACGCGGGUAUAAUUCCGUGCGGACCGACUUCGAGUUUGUGCCAAGAGAGGGAUAAGUAUGUGUUUUGGGAUCCUUAUCAUCCGAGUGAAGCAGCAAAUGUCAUCAUCGCGAAGCAAUUGUUAUAUGGUGAUGUCAAAGUUAUAUCUCCAGUCAAUCUAAGCAAACUUAGAGAUAUGUGAUUUGAUUGUUUGUUGAACUAUAAAAAUGUCCCUUUUGGAACAUUUAUUUUAUACACAGUUUAAUUUCUUACAUUUACGUUUGUUAUACGCCAAAGUUAAAGAUCAACUCUUUUGUGUAUGAAAUUUGUUGCCGUGUUUGAUUUUAGUGAGAAUGCUUUUGUUUCUGUCAA